AUGAGCAGUAACACAUCCAGCAAAGAAAGCCAUGCUUCCGAAAAUGAAGACAAAACCACCAAAACUGAAACUUUAGAUAACAACUUGACUACUGUGGAACUUGGUGAAGUUAGAAAUGAUGAUAACGCAAGGCAAAAGCACGGAGCCAAUGAUAAAGUUAUCAAUGUGGAUAAAAUGACAAUCCUUGAUGUAAAUAUUGCGAAAGAGAUGGCUCAAGGACAGUUAACGGGCAAACAUCCAGUUGUUAAGCCUCCUCAUUACUGGGUGCAGUUCAAUUUUGCUCAAGGCAAUCAGAUACCAAUGGACGGUAUCCCUUUGGACUAUGACCCGGAUAGAAACUUUUUUGUCCGAAUAGUUUUUUCUAUAGUACUGUUUAUGUUGAUCCUAACUGCUGGUUUUGUUGCUUUCGUAUACUUGACGGAUGCAAAGCGAUUAUAUAUGCGUUAUGGGAUGUUUUUUAUGAUUAUUGGAAUGGUAGGUAUGUUAAGCCUAAAUUACGCUAUGAUGUGCAGUCAAUGUACGAGAGUGCCGCCUUGUAAUUUCGUUUGUUUAUUUCUUGCGGUUAGUUUCAUGAGUCUCAUAGCGGCAUACGUUACUAUAAGAUACAGAACCCAGAUCGUAUUGCUGGCCUUGUUGGCUACGAUAGUGACUGUUAUUGUAUGCGUAUGUUUGGCAUGCACAAGAUUUGACUUCACAAGAUUUUUGUUAUAUGUGAUUGUGAUAUCCGUGGCAUUCGGUGUUAUAGUUAUGAUAAUAAGUAUCACAAUGUUAGUGACAGGUACCAGGUUCACUCCUCUGGUAUUAGCUAUACUCGUCAUUGGCACUCUCUUGAAUGUUGUGAUACUAAUCAUGGAACUGCAAAUGAUACUCGGAGGCAGAACAGUGGAGUUGAGUGAAGAUGACUACGCUUUGGGCGCUUUCAUGCUUUAUACGUCUAUAGUCGAUAUAUUCCUACGCUUGGUACAGAUAUUAGGCAUAAUUGAUGAUUCAUGACAUAUUUCAGAAGAACUUGUUAGUGUAACUUUGGAACAGCAAAAUUUUAUAGAUGGGGU